AUGGUCUUCGGCACAAAAAGCCAACCGAAACCUUCCAGUGGGAAUCAGAAACCUCCAAGUGGAAAUCAAGGAGCCCAAGGGGGAGGGGGAAAGGGCAGUCGUUUUAAUAUAUUUGGAAAAAAUAAAGUAGAUGGUAAAGGAGGAAGGCCAGGUGGUGGUCAAGAAGGGGGGCCAGGAAGUGGUCGAGGAGGUGGUCAAGGAGUGGGGCCAGGAGGUGGUCGAGGAGGAGGGCCAGGAAGUGGUCAAGGAGGAGGAAGUGGUCAAGGAGGAGGUCAAAGAGGGGGGCCUGGAGGUGGUCAAGGAGGAGGGCCAGAAGGUGGUCAAGGAGGGGGGCAAGGAGGUGGUCAAGAAGAGGAGCAAGGAGGUAACUGGCAGGAUCCAAAAGAUGCUGGUCCGGGAUUCAGGCCGACUAAAAGAAAAAUAGCUGAUAGAAUAAAAGACGGAGCUAAAAAUUUUUUUUCGAACGAUACUUUUACCGGCAUGGUGGGCUCAGUUGGGAGUGGCAUGGACGCAACAUUUAAUAUCGCGACAAUUGAGUCGUCUCUCUAUUCGUACCAAAUUAGGCAUCUUGUAUUUAACUCAAACUACCACACAGCAAUUGGGGAAGACAACGUGGAGAAAGCGAUUAUAGGCGACAAGGGACCACUGGCCAAUCUUUUCUUAACCAAAACCGAUGAGCCUAUCAAUAGAUCAGCAGCAAGAUUUGGCAUGACCACGUUACAAAUGGCAGCAGCCGGGUUAAUUGUUGCCCUGAUACUUGGUCUUGGUGCAUUUUUCAUUAUUACGAAAAGAAAGAAAGCGAAAGAGUUGGAAGAGGAGAGAAUCAGGAAAGAAAAUUUGGCAGCAGAAGAAGAAGCCGAAAAAAAUCGGCAGAUUCUUCUUGAAAGGGAAAGAGCUGCUCAAAUGGAAGAAGAAAAACGAAAAAGGAUGGCCGAAGAAGAACAAAGACAAAGAAGAAUGGCUGAAGAAAACCAAAAAGAAAGAAAGAUGUCUGAAAAAGAACAAAAAGGAAGAAGGAUGUCUGAGGAAGAACAAAAACGAAGAAAAAUGUCUGAAGAAGAACAAAGACGGAAACAGAUUGCUGAAGAAGAAGCCAAGCAAAACGCAGCUGCUGAAAUUUCUGCCGCGGCAUCAACAAUGACUUCUACGACAUCAACAGCGGCAGUCGCUCCUACUACAGCUUUUCCUGCUGCUGCUACAGGCCCUUCUUUUUCUGUUAAAGUCACUACCGCUUUGAAAAAAUUGAAAAAGAACAAAAAAAAUAGCGUGAAAGAUGAUGAUGAUGCCGACAUCAAUAGUGAUGAUGAUGACGACAGCGAUGAUGAUGGCGAGAAGGAAGACAAAGGCAAAGUUCAAAAAAGCGCUUCCAAAAAAGGCAAAGCUAAAAAAAAGAAAAAGAAUAAAAAAAGUAAAAAACGUAAAAAUAGUAAAAAAGAAGGGAAAGGGGAAAUAAUUUAA